AUGGAUUCUCUAAUAGUUAUCUGUACUAUAGUAUUAGCUAGUCUGCAAUGUAAUAGUGCGACGCCCAUUCUGAGUUUCGAUGUUCAAUGGAAUUGGAAAGGUGCAGAGACCUACGCCAACAGUGUGGUGACAUUGGCAUCUAAAACAAACGUACCAUCUGCCAAUGUCAUUAAAGAGAAACAGAACUUUUUAGCACGUGACAAGAGAGACGUUGUCAAUUGUCCUGUACCUUCUAACUGGCCGACACUGAUCUCUGAGUUAAACUCUGUUCUUAACGCAACAACAUCCUUGGCUCUACUUCCUCAGCCAUGGAUCUACACCGCAGCGCCAACUGAUCAGCCGACGACAUGUCCCUCUCAGACUGGCUCUUGGUGGCCAGGGAGUUCAAACAAUCUGAGGUCAACAUGUCCAUGGAUCUACAAACAAGUGGACUUAGGUGAGUCCUUCUAUCCGAGGUACGUCUUGGAUGCAGAUUGCUUGUGCAACUCCUGCGUCAACGCCAACGUCAUGGGCUGCCAGAAACUAAGGCAGGACGUCACUGUCUUCCGGAGGGGCGCGUGCAAGGAUGGACUAGCAGUAAUGGCGCAGGUGAAAUAUUCCAUAACAGUUGGGUGUUACUGCACCAGCAGUGUAGUCCAGACUUCACUUGGCAGCGGUCCAACAUCAACUCAGUGAAAAGUCAACUUUUUAAGAAAUCAGUAUUUCUAGGAUACUCCAGCUUAUUUAAGAAACUGUUUUAUUCAAUGCAAUGGCAAGGAAAAUAUAGGAUGACAUGGCAGAACAAGCUUGUGAGUUAUAAAUAAAAUCUUGGAAGUUUAAGGAUUAACAAGAGACAGCUAGGAGUGAAUCAUCUUUAUAUUAUGUAUUAACUUCUCAACAUUUGUUAUUUAUUGGUGCUAGUUUAAAAUUAUUUUCUUUAAUUUAAAUUUUCAACCACUGUUGUAUAUGUUGCUUGAUAUAUCAAUUUUUUAAACCAAUUAUAUAUAUAUUGUUCUGAUAUUUCCACUAAUAUUUUAAUUAUCAACGUGCAAUAGUUCAGAUUAAACCUGUUGUUCAGUUCAUGAGUUUGAAUGUUUCUAUUGUCUGUGGCAUUUUACGUCUCGAGAGACGAUCUUUUCCCUUUGCAACUUCUUGUGUGACUAAAGAGGCCAAUCCUUGAUACACAGCUGCGAUCGCAGGUUGGGCAUAUAUAAUCACCAGGCGCCGUUGCAUUUUCACCCUUCUUUCUGCUUCUGUUGUGUAUGACAUCUGCAAUCUGUGACCCUUCAUUUAUGCUCUCUCUCCAUGUGAAUCUAUCCAGUGCCACCUCUUCCCAGCUGCUGGUGUCGAUUUGGAAGAGCUUCAUGUCAUGUUUCUUUUAGUAAAAACAGACU